AUGAAUCCCGUUGCCUCGACGGGUUCCCAGCCCCGUGGGGUCUCUGCGAUCCCUACAAGUUCCCCAGAAGCGCUCAGAUUUCCCCCUGCCAGUCCCUGGGCACUUCACCAGUAUGGCGCAGGGUCUUCAGGGACUGCUGGGUGCAGUUAUGCGGCACCUGCAUCAGCGACGUUUGCCGUAGAUCCUGUCCAGCCGUGGGCAAUGGGUCUGCAGCUGCAUCGCUCUCAAGUAAAAGCUUUGCAGCCUUUGGGCCCUCCUGCCGUCUGCAUCCCUCCAGAGGCCCUCAGUCACGGCUUGUUACCGGACCCCAAGCAAGAGCCAAGCCUCCUUAAGAGAUUUUAUCUGAUCCACCACUAUCUAGGAACAUCCAGACCCGCACUUACUUUUCGCGGGUUACCUCAGGGCUUAGCACAAACAGUGGCAGCCCUGCGCCGCCCUCUCCCUCAUGGCACGACCCAGGCGUGUGCCCCUGUGAUCCAUUCCCUCUACCGAUGCAAUAGCCCGUCGGAUAUCCACGAGGCUCAAAAGGUUACCCACCAAGAGGCAUCUAAAAGCAUGCCUAGGGAAGAAAGAUUGAGUAACGCUGGCGUGGUGUCAGCUACUCAGACACAUAUGCUGCAGGUGCAACACGGCGGCAACAAUCCGCAGCUGACCCAAGGAGUCUGCGAAAGUUCUCCAUUGAAAGGCAGCAACAGACGAAUUGAAGCGGAUGGGCCUUACCGGGGCCCGUCAACUACAACGGAGGGGCCCAAAGGCAGCCAGGAAACCCCUGUGGAGUUAAAGUGGCUGGAGGGACCAGAGGUGGAUUGGUAUAAAAGAGAGCUUCUAAAAAAAUUGAACGCCAAUCGGCAAAAAGCAACGGCGAAGGUUCGCCUCAUAGAGCGAGCAUGGCUGCGACACAAAGCUAAGAAGCAGCAGCGGCAGCAAGCUCUCCUGACGGCUGAGCGUCUAAGUUACCGCACGCAACGCAAUGACUGCAUGAGCCGCACAGCUGCACGGUUGGGAAUAAGCCCUCUCGUGGCCAAAGCCUUUACAGAAGCCAACGCAGAGUUGGCGCUUCCCAAGGCUAGCACAGACGCAGGAGUUAGAGGGGAAAGCAGCCUAGUCGCAGUCGAGGCAGUUGCAGAGGCCCUACAGACCUGGAAGCAGGAAAGAGCCCAACUUAAGGAAUUGCUUAGGAGAAAAAGAGAAAACAGAGACACGAAAAUUUUUCUCGAGAACUUCGCAGCAACGAAAAUCCAAGCUCGCUACCGAGGUCACAGAACGAGGCGGAGUAUAGCCCUGAGACUGAAGGUCCAGUCAAUAGCGGAGCCACUGAAAGCCCCAGAAGCCAGCACGCUGCUUUGUAAGGAGGCUGCACUGGUGGCGGAAAAACUCGAAGAAGCUCUCAAGGAUCCUUACCAGCCCUUCGACGCCUUUGCCUCUCUGAUCCCUGUAGUCCGUGCCCAGCGGCUCUCCAAAGCCUCCCAUACACGGCAGCCUCCUAUCGGCAGCUCAAAACGAGGGAAAGCAGGCGCUCCUGGCUCUGUGGAGCCAAACCAGCAGCCUCAACCUGAACCUGAGCCUCAAAGCGAGGCCGCUACCCUUUCCCUUCAAGAGGCUGCGCGUAGGUACAAGGAACUCCGACAGAAUCAGAAACAUGCCCAGCCCUCAACGAAAGGCAUUGACGCCUCUGGGAUGCAACCACCAACUUCAACGACGGCAGCUUUGACAGGGAGCAUCUCAGCGCAGAACACAAGGACGGCUAUUGAUGAGCUCCCCAAGGGCAUCUGCCGAGAAGGCCUAUUUCGGGGAUAUACGGCGACCCCGGAAGACGUGAUUGCAUUUCGUGCCUCCGCCCUGGCCGUGAGAGCCUUGGGGCCAUUUGAUGUGCGGAAGGCCUACCCUGAAUACCCAGGCAGAGCUCAUUGGAAAGGGCAUAGUGAAGGCGUCUCUGAGAAGAGGGCAAGAAAGUCUCCAAGGAGACUCAGAGACAGGACCAAGAAGGAGCCCCGACUCCGCAGCCAAAGCCACAGCCACAGCCAUAGCCACAGCAUCGAUAGACACAGCCGCAGCAGCAGCAUCAGCAGCAGCAGUCACAAUAGUAGCAGCGGCAGCAGCAGCAGCGGGAAGAACAGCAGCAGUCGAAAGAAGAACAGACAUAGUCGCCGGAAACAUAGCCAGAGCCACAGCCGCGGUAGUAGCUCCAGCAGCUGUAGACGCAGCACGCGGAGCCAUCAUCAUCACCAACGUCACCACCACCGUCACCAUGGCAGUCUAUCCUCUCCCGCAGUGUUGAAAGGGAAACGCCUUAAUUCUACGCGAGCCUGCGUUUUGAAAGUGAGUCGGGAUGUGGAACAAGGGUCUGCACCAAGUCCUGCUGCUUACCUGCGGGAUUUUGAGGCGGCUUCCCCCGCCUUGAGCUUUCCUGAAGACCAGAGUGAGGAGUGCGUUCAACUUCCAAGCAAGCUUGAAGGUAGCACUAUUCCUACGCGCCAAAAGCAACUUUAUGCAAGCCGGCGUGCCGCCAUGAUCAAACUAGACACAAAUGGAACUCAGCAGCUCGCUGUCCUGCGAAGUGGUACUUCGCUUCCACUAUUAGCGUCCACUGCAGACGACAAGAUUUCAGCUGAUGAAAAUGCAUCGAAACUGCAGCAGAAGAAAAAACAACAACAGCUAGGCCAGAAACAAAUUGCAGGUAUUCCAGAGGUUUUGGAUUCGGCGUUUGUUAAAUUGCCGCCGCCGAGCAAGGAUAGCAGCGACAACAGUCCGUGUGGCGUGGCGGGUGCUGAUGUUGCUGCUUUUCCACGUGAGCAGUCGCAUGCUUCAAGUAUUGCCAAAAAAAAUCAGCUUAAACUGUUGGCGACCUUGGGAGAGAAAGAAAAAGAGCAGAGAAAAAGGAGACUCAAACAGCGGCGGUCAGCAUCACCUUCCAUCUCUGUAUCAAGGCAGACGCCGACAGAGCAGCACACAGAAAGAGGAGACGCAAAACAAAUACAGGCCAAAACGACCCGAGCAGCGCAGUGGAAAGGGGUAGACUUGGAUGCGGUCAGCAAAGCCAUAUUAAACUCAUCAUUAAAAGCGAAGGUCUCUAAUCAUCAAGCGCCAGGAGCAGAAACGGCAUCAGAAGCAGCAACGACAGCAAAGGCUGCAGCAUCAGCAGAAAUACCAGCAGCUGCAGCGGAUUUGAUCAAUUCUAAUGUGGCUACCCGCUGCAAGACGAAGUCUGUAGGGAGGCAUAAUCACGCCGAAAAGCCGUCUGGUGUUUCUCCAGGUCGCCAUGCGGGAGAUUUACUGGUGGCCUCUCUAAUUCGCGGUCGCGAGCUGGAACUGCCGACGAUCACACCAGAACCGGCAGACGCCAAGCGCAGGGAACGCCAAUCUGCCCCUGUGUCCGUAACGUCUCCUGGAUCUAGCUCAUAUCCUGGUCCUGUGUCAGUAUCUACAGCAGCAUUGUCUGCCUCCAUAUCUUUUCCUGCCUCUGCUAGUGCAUCAUGCCGAGUCGCCACAGCGCACCCAGAGGACUCUCAUGCUGAGCGCGACGACCAAACCAAUGCAGACAGAGGGGUCAGCGGAAAAUUGGGCCUUAGCGCAGGAGGCGGCGCUUCUCCAGACGAAGUAGUGAGGCAUUCCGGAGCUCCCCAGCCAGAGGUCACGGCGACGCCCGUCAUACAUGUUCCAGCUGCAGCAACCGAUGCCGCUGAAGCAAAGCUGAGCGAGCCAAUACCAGCAGCGUUUGCUGAUGGGGCAGAUGAUGCUGUCCUCUCUGGACAGGCACUUGAGGCUGCUCAGGAAGCUGCCACCCACAUGCGAGCUCAGCAAAGGACGCUGCUGGCAAUCCUACGUGAGAAAGAAUUGGAGCGAAGAGAGAAGCGAGUGAGGCAGCUUCACUCAGCCUCAGCGUUAGUCUCGGUUUCUACGUCCAGACGGACUGAGGCAGAGGCGCACACACCGCAUGAAGCCAGAGAGACACGGGCUGCCCAAAGCGGCGGAGUGGAUUUGGAGGCAGUUAGCAAGGCUCUCGUAGCGUCAAUGGAAGCUGAAAAGAAUACUCAGUCUGGGGCACCAUCGGAAGCAGGCUCAGCACCAGAAAAAGUAGGCCUUCGAGUUCAGUCGCUUCAGUCUGAUAUUGGUAACAGUCACACAAACAUAGAGGAAACGCAACAAGGACGCAGCAGUGCUGAUGCGGGCUACUUUGCUGGAGCCGCCGAAGCCAGCGAACAUGCAGCAGCUUUAUUGAUGAUGAGGCGAAUCUGCAUUCGACAGCGAGAGGUACUGGCGUCCACCACAGACGCAGCAGAGGCACAACUUGAGGGAAGGCUCAGAGAGCAUCACUUCCCGUCUGCGUCUGCCACCAUAUCUAUUCCUGUUUUCCCCCUUUCAACAAACACUGUGGCAGCCCCUGCUUCAAGCCAAGGUGCCCCAACGGAACAAAAGGCAAUAUCUGGCUGCAAAGAGCACAACGAAACCAAGACAAGACGCAGUGGAAAAGAGCCAGACUCGAAUGCGGCCAGGAGAGCUCUUCCGCUUACAGCCAAGGCGAACCGCAAUUCACUGGAACAGAGCUGCACCUCGAAAAGGCUACCUGGCAUGCAGAAAGGCCCUGGCAAUACUGACGCCGAGCUUCAAGGGCCGACAGCCAACCAACAGGAGGUAGAAACAGACGACAGCGAAGAAGAGAUUCGUCCUGUAGAAAAAACAAGUGGGGCUUCUAAAGAAGCAGCAAUUCACAUUAGAGGACAGCAACGAGAAUUGCUUGCAGCCUUGAAGGAAAGAGAAAUGGAGCAGAGGAAGCAGCGACUUAGGCAGCGUCAGUCUGCCUCAGCCUCCGCGUCAAGACAGACAGCGACAGAGCAGCACACACCCCUGGAAAGCGAAAGGCAAAUACAUCCCGCAAGACUGAUGCAGAGGGGCGGAGUGGAUUUGGAAGCUGUUAGCAAAGCCCUCCUAGAGCCCUCACAAACCAAUAUCGAGCACAAGGAAGGUGCUCAAGUUGGCGACAAUAGGCUGUUGAGCCCAUUCGAGAGCAAGUCACAAGGAAAAAAGGCUGCCGCUACAGUAAAUGGUGUCGGCGAAACACGCCAAAAAGUUGCUGCAGAAGGUGGCAGCUCCACAGAAGCUUUGGAAGGUACUUCAAGCCCUGCCAUUUUGCUACGCUUGGCGCAGCAUAAAGAAAGGGCUGCAGGUGUUGCGGCGCUCGCGGAGGCUGCUAGAGUAGAAAGUUUACGACGGCGGCGGCUGUCUGCCUCUUCGUCCCCUUGGCACUCGAACCCAAACACAUCAGUGCCACCAACUCCUAAGGAACCUUCACCCUCAGACGGCAUGGAGAUUAUUGUGGGUGCAGACCUGUCACAGAAGGACACCCGCGACAAAUGCCUUCUCCCUAUGUCUCAGGCAGGCCUGUUCAGCCCAGCAAUGGGGAAGAGGCCAACCAGCUCAGCACAAAUUCAGACAGACUCCAAAACGGGGAACAAGGGGAUAGGAGAAGAAACAAACGAAGACGAAGACGGCACUAUUGGCAAGACAGCAGCAAUCCCUCUACCAUAUGCAUCACAUGCUGCCUUAAAAAUCCGUGAUCACCAGCGAGAGCUGCUAAGAACCAUUGCGGAAGCAACAGAAGCACAGCAUGAGAAAAGACUAAUGGCGCACAGUUCUGGCUCGGGCUCUGUUUCUCUGUCAAGGCAGCACGCAACGGAGCCGCAUACGCCUUUUGAAAGCAGCGCCAAGGACGUAUCUGCCAACCAGGCGGUGCGCAAGGGAGUGGAUUUGGAGGCCGUGCGGAAUGCUCUCCUCCAACAGACACAAGUGCUAGGCGAACAAGCUUCUCCAACCAUCAGCAUCGCGGGCAUAACAGCCCCUAGGAAUGUUUCGCACGGGGACUGCAGCGACUUAAGCAAACAGCAAGAAACCGCAGAUCACAGGAUAGAGGAGAGUCCUCAAGAGCCAUGGGGGCCUGUUGCAGAAGCUGCAAAGCACAUCAGAGGGCAGCAUACAGUGCUGUUGGCGACUUUAUGGAAGAGAGAAAAGGAGCAGAGACAAAAAAGGAUUAGGCGCCGCAGCUCACGCUCAGCUUCUGAGUCGGUGUCGAGGCAGGCAACGACUGAGCAGGGCAUUCCGCGGUACCAAGUGGGUCAAGCACAAAGAGGUCAGGGAAGGACAAGGCAGAGCGGCGAAACAGACUUGCAUCAGCUGAGGGGGAUAUCGCAAGGCCACCUUGAAGCAAGGUCUGAAGUCCCUGCUGAUCGAAUGGCAGUGCCAGGUGCAAGCCAUGGCAAGACAGGAGAGAAAAGUGAAGCAAUCCCCACGGGAAUGGAAAUACCAGCGAGCAAUGCGUACAAGCUAGAGGAUGCUCAGACGAUCCAACCGGAGAGGGAAAUGACAAGUAAGCAAUAUGACGAGACUCAGGAUAAUUUACCGACGGCAGAAGAGUUUGGGAACGCGAAAGGGGCGAAGAGGAGCACUGCAGAACACGUCUCUGGUGAGCACACGUUCAGGCCGUCUUUCGCUGCUCAAGCCUUUUCCAAAAAUGCAGCAGAUGAAGCAGUGAAAGAACGCAGCGGCCACCGUGACGCAGAUGAGGUCGCUGAGGCUAUCACGGAACUGCACAAGCCGACCCACACUCCUGUUUGGGGGUCGAGCGCUGCUCCUUCCAGCUCGGGAAAGGGUAGCAUAGCGUCAUCCUCGGACUCGGGAAACUCAGAUUUAAUCUCUGUGACUGACACGGGAAGGGGUGUAAGUGGAGAGAGGACUGCAAGGGGUACUAAAAGAGGCGAAGAGACGAACGAGGCUUGGCUGAGUCAGCAAGAGGCCCUUGUCAGAGCUUUGCAUCGCCACGCAGCUGCGCGAGUUAUACAGCAUUUUUGGCGCCGACGGCGUUUGACUGCUUUGUUUGAUUCAGUGGUAAAAUUGAUACGGAGAAAAGCACAGAACCCUGUCGCGAGGGGCUCCGCAUCCCCAUGCCGUCCUGUCGCCUUCAGCGAUAGGGCAGCAGACGUCCUUGCACGUACUCGAGAGCUCUCCCCAACGUGGUCCAAAGGCGGAUAUGCGAACAAAAAUACCAUGGAAGGCUACACAUUAACAACAGCUCCGCAGCAGUUCGUGCCUGUUGUCAUCGAGCCGCCUUCAGCUGUGGUGUUGUUCAAAGGUGGACGAAGAAUCAGCAACUUGCGGCGCCCCAGUGACAGCAGCAAACCACAAGAGCACCAUCAGCAGCAGCUAAGACAAAGAGCAACAGGCUCUUUCGCUGACGUUCCCCUUCCGCUGUCGGAUUCAGGCUCCCAGGGUUCGGCAACCUCUGAAGGCCUGCCGGCAAUCGUAUUAAAAUUCGCGAGCCAGAGUCCCUCUCUAUCAGAGGAAGAGGAAGACAGUGAUAGCAGCAGCCAUGUGUCAAGCAGGCGGGAUUCUAGUGACCUCUCAGAUGACGCACUGAGCGAGCCGCUUGGCAGUGAAGCCUCCAGCGAAGGUCAUGAAGGCGAGGUCGACAAACAAAAACGCCUGCGCCGCAUCAUGAGGGAGGGACUGGAUUCGAAGAUGAGGUCCACCUUGGCUGGCAGCCACGUACUGCUUCCAAGGAAUUGGAGGCCGGGUAGUCGUGGGUCGAGCGCCUCUCCAGUCCCAAACACGGCUAGGCCGGUUUUCUCUAAUGCUUACCCCAGUAGCAGCGCACAUUCAAGCUUGUUAACGGAAUCUCAAGGCCGGAGGGACGGGCCUGAUGCAAGCCUGCGAACUCAUUCUGGAUUUGAUGGGGGCCGAGGAUCAGGGCUGCUCAUGCAAAAGGCACAAGGAAGGGAUCAGAAAAAACGUGCAGCGGGCCAUAAAGAUCAGAAAAGGAGCAGUUCAUUCCUGUACCCCGAAUGGCCGCAGCACAGAACUGACGCCGUUCUUGAACACCAUGAGCCUUUUACAGGCUCCAUGCGUCAAUCGACAACAGGAAUAUUGGGGACCUCUUCAGAAUCCAAAAAUGAGAGUGACCAAGCCGCAGGGUUUCCAGCAGAAGCAGCAGCUGCAUUGGAGGAGAGGGCUAGCACCCCCGCAAAGAAUGUGGAAGGCUUAGAUAGAGUGGCUAGCGGGUCUCUGACUGAGCUGCCUUCCCAGAAAUUCGUAGAGGAGGACACGUGGCAUUCUAAGGCCAAUGCAAUCGACAGUACGCAGCACAGCCCGCUGUUCGGGUCGUCUUCUCCCACUGGCUGCACAAAUUGCAAGCACCGUCGCUGUUUCUGCUGCUUUAUGGCGCAGCAGACUCACUGCGACGACACUACACAUGUGGCAGACCCCUUGCCAAGAAGCCCACGGAAAGACUCCCCUAGACUAUUUAGUGACCCUCCCUUUCUUGUUCCCAAGCAAAGCUCUGUUGCAGUGCAUGGCGCGCUGGGCAGGCGCGUGCCAGCAGGGGAACCCAAACGGCCCUGA